UAGGCUUGGGAAGUUGCUGUGUGUGUGACUUGGCGGCCUGCAGAACCCGGAUGGCCACCUGUGUUGGGCUUCCUUCUCUGCAGCAAGCGCAGAUACAAAGCCUGUCUCACAUGGGGCGGGUGGGAGCUUUCAGCAUGCCCUGGUUACAAUCUGAGAAUUUCCCGGAGCUGUUAGGCCUGUUCCUCUUCAGGGUCUCGCGUUCACCAGCCGUAGGCUUGUCCUGCCUCCUGUCACGUCAUGUGUAACGUGGAUUUCCCAGGUUUCUGGGCUCUCAUGACAGCUGGGGCAAAGAUGCUGUCUGCUUAGCAGAUGUGGGCACUUCCAGUCUUCUUUUCUGAUUGGGGCAGACUCACCCAGUCUGUGGCUGCAUCCCCCAUCCCCACACUCCAAGGGCCCACCCCUCACAUGCCCCACUUGGUGCGUCUGUCCAGUUUUGUCUGCGCAGAACUCUUCCCCAGGCCCUGGGCUCUGGCACCAUGGUCGUAUGCACGCCCAGGGCUGAGCGCUGUCCUGACCGCAGUCCAGCCUGCGGAGCUCCGUGUUGCUGGCCUGCCUGGUCCUUAGCCUUGCCUCUCCCCCUUGGUGGUCUUUGUGACUUAGCAGCGAUAUGGCCACCACGGUUGCCGUCCACACUGGCACGUGAUCUGUACUACGCAGAGUGCCAUGGCGUCAUCUACGUCAUCGAUUCCACGGAUGAGGAGAGGCUAUCAGAGUCCAAGCGAGCGUUUGAGAAGAUGGUCACCAGUGAGGCGCUGGGCGGUGUCCCCAUCCUGGUGCUGGCCAACAAGCAGGACGUUGAGACUUGCCUCUCGAUCCCUGACAUCAAGACUGCGUUCAGCGACUGCACCUCCAAGAUCGGCAGGCGCGACUGCCUGACCCAGGCCUGCUCGGCCCUCACGGGCAAAGGGGUACGCGAGGGCAUCGAGUGGAUGGUGAAGUGCGUCGUGCGGAACGUGCACCGGCCGCCGCGGCAGAGGGACAUCACGUAGGCAUGGCUGGUGCCCGCUGGUGCCCACGACAUCCCUGAGUGCCAGAGGAGUGCUCCUGCUGGCUCCCUGCUGCCAGUCCUGGGGGUUGGGUUUGCUUGGCUCUCGGUUCUUCAUUUGCUUUGUUUUUUCUUUUAAGACAAACUUGUCCUUGUGUCCAUACAAGUGUAGGUAUCGGGAGGCUUCUGCUGAGGGGAGUUGGGGCAGCAGGGCCCCCACAUGACCCCUGCCGGGCCUGCUGGGGUGAGGUCUCCCUUUGGAGCUGCUGCCUCAGCAGCCCUGCCUGCCUUCCCCAGGGGGUCCUGUCUGGAAACGGGCUUCCCCGGAGCUGCUCCGUGUAGCCCCCCCCCCCCACGGGGGAGGCCCUUGGGGUCAUGACUGUCCUUGCUCUCCGUGGAGUUGGGUUGGGGGCUGGUGUCCUCUUGAGGGAGGGAGACCUGGCCCCCUUUGCUGGAGGCCAGCAGGGCCCUGGGUUCUGGGCCCUCAGGACGGGGCACAGGAGAUUGUCCGCUGGCCUGACAUCACCUUUUGAUCCCCAGCAGGAGGGGAAGGAGUGAGUGUCCCCUCUCCGAGUGUCUGUGGCCAAUCUGGGACAGCCAGUUGCCCGCAUUGGGGGUGGGGGUGCAUGGUGGGGGCGUUGGGAAGGUGGGCUGGGUUCCCGUGGAGCCCAGGUUGGGGCUGUGCUGGGCCUUCAUUCCCAGCUGGGGGCAAGGGACAGGCUGUCUCGAAACCCGCUUCCGGGCUGUGCCUGGCAGCAGGGCCCCCUCUCCGGGUGAGACUGGUCCUGGGGACCCUCCCGACAUGGCCCCCGCUGGAGCUGGCUGGGGUGUGUCCAGGACGGCGGUCCGAGUUGCUGCUGGCCAUCGCCCUUCCAGGAACCUGACCCUGGGUGUGGACUCCCAGCUGUCUGGGCACAGUGACCACGGCACGAGGGGCCCCCAAGGCUGGAGCUGUGACCUACCCGGGCACCGUCUUCCUGCUUCGGCAGGAAUGGCUGAGCCGGAGCCGGGCACCUGGUGGCUUCCUGAGGUCCGGUCCCUGGUGGGAGCCUGGGAGGGGUUGCUGAGAAAGGCUGAGUCCGGGCUGGGGCUGGGGAGGCAGCUGCAGGUGAGGUGACUCACAGGGAGUCGUGGGCUCCUCAUGGGGAUCAGGCACGGCGCUCCAGGGUCCAUGGGACAGGCUGGGAGUCCCCCACGCUGCCCGGGAGCCAUCCAGCCCUUUUCUGAGCUUGCCUGAGGGGAAAAGCCUUGUUUCCCAGAAAAGGUGUGGGACGCACCAGCCUGGGGGAGGUCCUUGGCCGGUCUGGUCCUGGGAAAUCCCCUGUGCUGGGACUGGGUGGGGCUCACUUGGAGGGGCAGGGUGAGGGGGCAGGGUCUUCUGGUGGCACAGGGCACAGGCUUCUGCUGCCCGGUCCGAGCUGGGUCCUGUUGCCAGAGCCCCUAGACUUGGUGUGACCCUCCCUCCACACUGUCGUAGCUACAGAGCGUGACCUAGGGGGUCAUGGAGUGAGCCUCAGGGACAUCCGUGGUGUCCACAGCUGGAAGGAAUGCACCUGCUACCCCCUGGCGUGUCUUAACGAUCCCUCCCAUCGAGGGUCGGUCCCACUUGGGGCGACCAGCAGGCAGAAGCAGCGUGGGGAGCUUGAGGGCCCACCCCGGGGGGGCUGUCCCCACCAGAUGUGCCCACCGUGCAAUCCGUAGACACACAUAGUUUCACACAACCCAUUUUACAAAACGGCUUUAUAAAAAAUAAACUUUGUUAGUGCAA